AUGGAAGUUCUCGAUGCGAAAGGUCUCUCUGAGCGCCUGAGAUGGGAAGACAAUGAGUACUGGCUGCACCUCGAGGCUGAGACUCCGUUUGAGAAGUAUCCCGCAAAACAACAUGCGCGGAGGGUGCAAGAGAAGUUGGGUGUCGAAGAAGGCUUGAUCUACCUACCGGGUCAGCCAGCGAGGAACAACGAGGAUAGCGACAUGCCAGCGCCCUUCCGACAACGCCGAUAUUUCUAUUACUUGAGCGGAUGCAAUGAACCUGACUGCCAUCUGACGUACGACACGCGACGCGACGAACUGUCCUUGUUCAUUCCCCGCAUCAAGCCUGAGCGCGUUAUCUGGUACGGCCGUGGCUCCACCCUAGCAGAGGCACUCGUGAAGUACGAUGUCGAUCAAGUUUUCUACGCAGAUGAGCUUGAGUACGCCGUGCAGGAAUGGGCGAUCGGUAACCGGCAGGCUGACAUCUACGUCCUGCACCAGUCAUCGCAAUUCCCCGGCUGCGACAAUCUGAAGCCCCGUAUUGAUUCGAUAGCCCUCCGAUCAGCCAUGAACGUAUGUCGCAUGAUCAAGGAUGAUCACGAGAUCAAGCUUAUUCGGAAAGCGAACGACAUCAGCUCGCAAGCGCACCGAGAAAUCCUUGCUAACAUCACGAACUUCAAGAACGAGGCACAGGUUGAGGGAUUGUUCAUGGAUGUGUGCAUAUCGCAGCAAGCGAAGCAACAGGCCUACGAUCCCAUCGCUGCUUCCGGACCGAACGCCGGAACUCUUCACUAUGCCGCGAACGAUGAAGAUCUCGCGGGUCGUCAACUCAUCGAUCCCCAGAGCAGCCAUCUCGAAGAAGGCAUGGUUGUCACUGUCGAGCCUGGCAUCUACUUUUCCGCAUACGCUCUACAACAUUUCUAUCUCCCAUCACCCGUUCACUCCAAGUACAUCAAUACUGAGGUUUUGAAGCGCUACAUGCCCGUGGGCGGUGUACGCAUAGAAGACGACAUUCUCAUCACCUCCUCUGGUUACGAGAACUUGACUACAGCCCCAAAAGGCGACGCAAUGCUUGAAGUCAUCCGACACGGAAAGAAAAGUUCUGUGGACGUGCCGAGUUCCGACUUCACUCCAUUACGAAGACCGAGCGGUCCCGUUGAGCCAACUCUGCGACGCGCGCCCGGCAUUUCUACACAUACACCAUCACAACACUUACAGAAGCCACUCGCCAGAGCGGCAACCCUUCCGGCAGACUUCGUUCAGCAACGCAACUCAGACUUCGCGCCUUUUGCAGGCCCCUCGCUCUUCUCGAACUUCUCACGCUCAAUGACCACGGAAGAAAAGAUCCAGCAGUGGCAGCAUAAGCGUAGCCCAGUAACGAUCGCGCCCGUCCCCUCGGUCAACGCGAAGCAACCGAAUCCUGUCUGUGGCGAGAUGGAUCCGAACUUCCAGCAUGUUUACAUGAGCAACGCUUCCAGUCCGGCGUUCUCAUCACAAUCGACUCCGCAAUUCGACAGUACACCUCCGUGCCAGAAUUGCGCAAUCCUGGUACAGACGCUGGAUCGGCUGCGUCAAAACCUCACAUCCUCUAUUCGGAGCUCUUCAAAGCCUGAAGUGAAGGCUACUUCGGAAGCCGAUCUGAAGAGCAAGAGCACCAAGCGAGUAUGCGAUGACGACUCAACAAUACCAUCACGCAUUGGCGAGCUGUCUGUCGGCGCUUCGGCUUGCACCGUAAACCUCGAUAAGAACCAGAGAAUCCCACUUCCUCCACCCCAGCCUAAUGCUAGCAGGACAGGAGAUACAAGAGCAGCGCAGUGGGCUAGACGCUCCGGCGCAGCUUCUUGUGCACUUCCAAUUCGCGCCCAAACUCUGGACAGCCAGAUUUCACAAGCAUACUUCCGGGGCGAGGAGUCCACAGAUAAAGUCCAUCAUGUCUCGCCAUACCAUCAAAUCCGCACAACCAAUGGAAUACCUGGUCGAUUCAGGCGUCGUACUCAUAGGAAAAUUCCCGACCCUGCACCGUCUCCGCAAGCUCCAGAACCGGAAGCUACACGGCAGAAGUUAGAGUCUCUGCAACUGAGACUUGACUCCCUGGAAGAGGGUGCUCGCGUGAAGAGACGACAGCAAGACCAAGCUGUGUUGCCCGAACGGUUUCUCGCCUCAAGACCGUCAAUGCCAGUCUUGACGUCCCGAAAUCCAUGGCAACAGCACCAUCGACCUACCGCCGCGAGAGGCUCUGGCGAUAGGCCAUCAACUAACAUGGAAGGUCUCGACGUCGAUAGAUCUCGGCUCGAACGUCUAGAGGAGAGCGAGCGACAGAGGCGCUUAGAGCGUGAUGCAUUGACCAGAGAUACGUUCUUUUUACGAUAA